AUGCAUGCAGCAACGUACACAGCCAUUUUUGGACUGCUAAUAGGCUUAUAUAUUGUCACACGACGUAAAUCAACAUCGUCUUUGCCGCUGCCGCCCGGCCCUAAGCCAUUACCAAUAAUUGGCAAUGUCCAUCAAGCCCCCAAGUCCCACGCCUGGAGGACGUAUCGCGCAUGGAGCAAGGAGUAUGGGCCAAUUAUUCACGUCAACAUGCUUGGGCAGCCGGUCAUCAUUUUGUCUACGUCUGAGGUAGCCCACGACCUCAUGGGGAAGCGUGGUGCCAUAUUCUCAGAUAGGCCCCGUCUUUUUUUAGCGACUGAGUUGGCCUUGAAAGGACUGAACAUUCUUAUGAUGAAUUAUACCGAGCAAUUCCGACAGCAUCAGAGGUUGCAGGUCUCAGUGUUAAAUGCGACACCGGCAGCCGCCUAUCUCCCCUUCCAGGCUCUGGAAUCGCAUCAACUUAUGUGCGAUCUUUUGGAGAAUGCGGGGGGUGCCGGUGCUGAUGUCCAAGGACCAUUUCAGCGCACAGUCGCUAGUAUCAUUCAUACGUUGCUGUAUGGCUUCCGUGUUAAAGACUGCAACGAUCCAGUGAUCCGCGCCGUUAUUCAACUCAACGAAGAAUUCUCCGAGUUUGUUCAGGUUGGCGCUCACAUUGUUGACCAGUUCCCUAUACUUAAUAAUCUGCCCAGUUUCUUGGCCCCAUGGAAGGCAAAGGCUGAGAAUCACUACUCGACCAAGUAUGUCCUGCGUGACCAAAAUUUUCAGCGGGGCUUGGAGUCGGAUGCCUGGAAUAUAUCAAAGCAUCUAAAGAAGACUGUCGAAAAAGAUGGCCUCGACAUGCCCUUGGACGAGCUAGCGUUUGAGCUUGGUACCAUGAUCGACGCCGCGCUGGAUGGCACUACAGAUAGCUUGGUCUGGUUUGUGGUGGCUUGUAUCACACAAGACCGAGGUUUUGUGACCAAGGCACGCGAUGAGCUGGAUGCUGUUGUCGGGCGUGAUCGACUUCCAGCUCCAGAUGACAAGCCCAACCUGCCGUACAUCACGGCCGUGGCUGAAGAAAUAUUUCGCUGGCGGCCCGUUGGCCCUGAAGGCGUUCCCCAUUUGAACAAGGAAGAGGCCACCUACAAUGGAUAUACUAUCCCCAAAGGUUCGGUUAUUGUGCCCAACGUUUGGACAAUCUCCCGAGAAGAAGCCUUGUUUGGCCCGGACCCCGACGAUUUCAUACCAGAUCGCUGGCUUGAGGAGGACGGCAAGAAGCUCAAAACCUUACCCUCUGCUGUCUUUGGCUAUGGAAGGCGGACUUGCCCGGGGCGGUACUUCGCGCGCAAUGUUAUCUGGAUCGUCGUUGCCCAGCUGCUAUGGUCAUUUGACAUCAAGGCAGGCCUGUCCGAGGAGACGGGCGAGCCCAUCCCCGUCGACCCCAUUGCAUGCACCUACGGCCUGGUUAUGCGGGCCUUGCCUUUCAAGGCCACUUUUAGCCCUCGUGACUCCCAGGUGCGUAAAGUCAUCGCUAGGGAUGGGGACACUUAUAGCAAGGAUCAUGCGGCCAUGCUCAACCAAAUUGGGGCUGAGUUUGCUAAGUUAUAG